CGGGCUCGCGAUGACAACCACAGAGGAUAACCCGUGGACGGAGGACGAGGACUGUCUGUAUCUGAAUGUCUGGACCCCUCGGGGAUCGAAUGCCACAGACCUAGAGGUGAUGGUCUGGAUUUACGGCGUGAGUUCCAAGCCCCCCACUCUCUACUCCUGUCUUCUGUAUCCGAGUCAAUUUCUGAAUGCAAAUCCAGGGGAAUCUGGCCUGGGGCACAUCAUCAGACCCAUUCACAGAGGGCACCGCCCUUGCCGUCCGUGGAAACAUCAUCGUCGUGAGCUUCAACUAUCGUUUAAGUAGUACGUAUCACCCGUCCCCCCUUUUUUUUGCUUGAUAGCAAAGAAGAACCCUCAUACCAACGAGAACAACUUCUAGUCUUUG